AUGUAUUUUGUCACUAGUCACACGUAUUUUGUGAACUGUGAUUGGCUGGUAUGUGAGCUGUGGUUGGUUGUUGUCAUCAGGUAUGUAAACUGCGCUCGUAACGGUGAGGAGCAGAAUCUGGUGGCGUUUCAGUACAGAGGAGGGAUUGUGUAUCGCUGCUGUCGGCCCAUUGGCUCUGGAGAAGAACUGCUGGUCUGGUAUGGAGACGACUACGCCAAAGAGCUGGGCAUCACAUUUGACUACCUCUGGGAUGUCAAGAGCAGCGCUAAAGAGGAGUCAGCGUCUCAGGUGUUCUCCUGUUCUCUGUGUCCGUUCUCCUACACUGCUCAAAUCUACCUGCACAAGCACAUCAAGAGAAGUCACCCAGACGAGUAUGUGCGUCUGCUGAGGUCUGGAGAGAUCAGAUCAGAGACUUUCAUACCGUCUGGAGGCAGAAACCAACACACACACCAAACCACAACUGGGGCGUCCAGACCAGUCACACAGCCGUCUGCAGAACAGCAAGGAGCUCAUGACAAGAGACGACAGCAGAAUACUCAGGCAGGAGAGAAGAAACACCACUGCACUCAGUGUGGCAAGAGUUUCACUCAAGAGGGAUCUUUAAAACUACACCAGCGCACUCACACAGGAGAGAGGCCGUAUCACUGCACUCAGUGUGGCAAGAGUUUCAAUAGAGAGGCACAUCUAAAAGUACACCAGCGCAUUCACACAGGAGAGACGCCGCAUCACUGCACUCAGUGUGGCAAGAGUUUCACUAGAGAGGACUCUUUAAAAGUACACCAGCGCACUCACACAGGAGAGAGGCCGUAUCACUGCACUCAGUGUGGCAAGAGCUUUGCUGUUGGGGGUCAUUUCAGAGUACACCAGCGCACUCACACUGGAGAGAAGCCGUAUCACUGCAGUCAGUGUGGCACGAGUUUCACUCAAAAGGUAUCUUUAAAAGUACACCAGCGCACUCACACAGGAGAGAGGCCGUAUCACUGCACUCAGUGUGGCAAGAGUUUCACUAGAGAGCAGCAUUUAAAAGUACACCAGCAUACUCACACAGGAGAGAGGCCGUAUCACUGCACUCAGUGUGGCAAGAGUUUCACUACAGGGGGAUCUUUAAAACUACACCAGCGCACUCACACAGGAGAGAGGCCGUAUCACUGCACUCAGUGUGGCAAGAGUUUCACUAGAGAGGGGCAUUUAAAACGACACCAGCGCACUCACACAGGAGAGAGGCCGUAUCACUGCACUCAGUGUAGCAAGACUUUCACUCGGUCUGGUUAUCUAAAGACACACAAGUGCUCUCACAGUAAAGAGCCCUAAUAAGUCUCCUGCUGAAUAAAGACCUUGAUGUUGCUUCCACCAGGGCAGGAAUGCCAAUAAACAAGACUGCCAUUCAAAUAUUCACCAACCCGGAACUCAUUUUUAACUGACCAUUUUAACUGACUUUGGUAACUGGCUCUUUUGUUGAGUGCUUUAAUUGUUUAAUUGAUUUUUAAUAUUGUGAUUUGAUGUAUGUGAGAGUGUUCCAGAGUAAUAGAUGUUUAUUAAUAUUGUGAUUUGAUGUAUGUGUGAGUUUAAGAGUAAUUGUGAAGAAUGUGUUUAAGUUUUUACUUGGUGAUGGUGUAAAAAAAGAUCUAAUUGAAAACCACACUAGUCAAAAGCUAACACCAAAAAAGAGUAAAGAUGACUUAC